AUGCUACAACACAGACAAUUGUUGGGCAGGAGACUCUUCAGCUCCUUUCCAGCCUUACUCAAUGUAUCAAAACCACCUACGCUUCAGCCAACUUUUGACGUCGACAAAAUAAAAGAUCUUCCUUUUAAUGACAAGAUCUCACUUCAAUGGAAACAACUAAUCCCUUACAAGAUCAAACUCAAUAAAGAAGAGACGCCUGUACUUUUCCUUCAUGGUUUAUUUGGAUCGAAACUAAGUUUCAACAAAGUAGGCCGGUUGUUUAGCGAAGUAACCAAAGUCCCCACCUUUGCUGUUGAUAUGCGAAAUCAUGGUGAGUCACCUCACGUUUUACCAUUUUCCAACGAACAAAUGGCCCGUGAUGUGUACGAAUUCAUCAAGGAACGCAAAUGGGAUAAAUGCAUACUUGUUGGCCAUUCAAUGGGGGCUAAAGUCGCCAUGUUGGUAAGUCUAUUGUAUCCGGAAUUAAUAUCGAAAUUAGUCAUCAUGGACAACACUCCGCACCCAAUGGUACUAGAACCUCAUUAUAGAUUGGAUCUAUUGGGCAUGUGUGAAGUUGAAGCACAUGCAGAACUAUACAAAAAGGGGUCUAAUGGAAGAAGAGUCACUGAAGUUAAACCAAUUAGCAAAUUUCUAACUAAAUAUGAAAAGAGCCCUCUUGUUCGACUGUUGUUAAUGAGUAACCUACUUUUAACUCAUAAAGAUAUAGCAAAUCCAAAUAUUAAAGAUCGUUCCAAGGAAGUGUUUAGAGUCCCCGUGAUGAAUUUCUGGAAACACGAUAUUAUUAAGGCUGUUGAAGCAUGGGCUGAUUUGCCAGGAGAUGUCGAAAAAUUCCCUCGUCCAACAUUGGUGAUGUAUGGUAACAAAUCGCCAUUUGUGAAACGAGAAUAUUUCCCAAUAUUUGAACAAUACUUUGCCGAUGUAAAAUAUGAAGAAUUUGAUUCGGGUCAUUGGAUCUCACAUGAUCAACCGGGUGAGUUUGUUAAUGAGUUGAUAAAGUUUGUUUCACCACCUUGGGAGCGGAAAGAGAACCCCAACCAAUUGGAAAAUGCAAAGCCAAAGAAGAAACCUAGACCACCCAGGGCGAAACCAUUCUAG